GUCCUGUUGGCGGCGCUGGCAUCGUGGCCGCUGCAUGCGCGAGGUGCCGUUGCGGCUUCCAGCGCUGGAACCAGUGCCACACCGUCCAGGCAGCUGCCGUGUGUGCACGACGUCCUGCAGUUGUCACUUUGAAACAGGUGGAAACACAAUACGUAAAGGAGCUGCCGCCACAGGUGUCCACGUGAAAAUUUACGUCAGAGUGCAGUGCGCCACAUGGAACUGUCGAUGGGGUUCAACAAGGUGAGCGGAGUGACCUUAUCAUGGGAGGAGCUGUCUGUGUGGGUGCGCCGGCGCCGUCAGAAGCAGCCCUUCUGGAAGGGCCUCCAGUAUGACCGCGUGCAGAUCCUCAACAAUGUCAGUGGCAUUGCUAAAUCUGGGACUUUGUUGGCAAUAAUGGGCGCCAGUGGUGCUGGAAAAACAACACUUCUAGCAACAAUCAGUCAGAGGAUUAAAGGUGAGACUAAGGGAGACAUUCUAGUAAAUGGCAGACCUGUAGACCAAGCAAUAAUGAGCAGUAUAUCUGGAUUUGUUCCUCAGCAAGAUCUCACUAUUGAUUCUCUUACAGUGUCAGAGCACAUGGAGUUCAUGGCUUGCAUGAAAAUGGAUGCCCAAGUGAGAUUUCUGCAAAGACAGCGACGGAUAUCUUCAUUGAUCUCUGAACUUGGUCUUGUCAAGUGCAAGAACACAAAACUAUCAGCACUGUCAGGAGGGGAGAGAAAGAGAUUAUCUUUAGCUGUUCAGCUGCUGACAGACCCACUCCUUCUGUUCUGUGAUGAGCCAACAACAGGGUUGGACAGCUAUAGUGCUGGAGUUGUGGUGGAAAAACUGCGGCAGUUUGCUGAGAUGGGCAAAGCUGUCAUUUGUACAAUACACCAGCCUGCAUCUGGGCUCUUUGAUUUAUUUAAUGAAGUCCUUUUGCUGGCUGGUGGCCGUGUUGCUUUCCAUGGUGAUGUCGGAGAGGCAGCAAAGCAUUUUAAAAGUUUAGGUCUCGUGUGUCCAACUACAUUUAACAAGGCAGAAUUUUACGUCUCUCAGUUGGCAAUAGUUCCUGGCAAAGAAGCUGAAUGUUCAAGAAAAAUAGAAUGGAUUUGUGAUGAAUUUGAAAAAUCUCCCUACAGCAAGUAUAUAGCAGAUCAAAUAGCUUCUAGCUAUCAAAACCAGAAAUAUUUGUUACCGAAUCAAGAAUUAUUUGAAAACAAAACUGUCUCAUACACAAAUGGUGGUCUUAAAUUUUAUCAUGAGCAAGACCAUGAGUUUGGCAACUACAUGUCACUGCGUAAGCCACACCAUUUAACACAAGUUUAUUGGUUGACAAGAAGAACUUUUAUUGACCUGAUCCGCCAUUCGACUGAUGUUUCCAUAAGAAUAGGCUUAUACAUGAUGAUUGCUCUGCUGCUUGCUUUGCCAUAUGUGGGCAUUAAACUUGAUCAAAGAGGAAUCCAGAAUGUUCAAGGUCUAAUGUACUUGAUCAUUACAGAAACUAUAUUCACUUUUUCGUAUGGUGUUUUUCAUACAUUUCCAAGUGAAAUACCAAUUUUGCUCCGUGAAAUAAGCAGUGGAUUGUACAAACCAGGACCAUAUUAUAUAUCAAAAAUGCUUAUACUGCUUCCACGUACAAUAAUAGAGCCAUUUAUGUACACAACACUUAUAUUUUGGAUUGUUGGAUUACAAGGAGGACUGAGAGGAUUUCUUUUAUUCUGUGUACCAGUUAUUCUGAGUGCCAUAUCAGCAACAGCUCUUGGGUGUGUGAUGUCAGCAGCAUUUGAAUCUGUUUCUACAGCAUCACUUGUCUCAGUUCCUAUAGAUUUUCUGACUCUAACAUUCUCAGGAAUUUAUCUUCAUCUUGGUAAUCUGCCAGCACACUUAUCGUGGAUCCGUUAUACAUCAAAUUUUUACUAUGGUACUGAGGCAGUAUCUAUUCUACAGUGGGAAAAAAUCCAUCACAUUCCUUGCUAUGAAGAUCCAAAACUGCCCUGCAUAUCUACAGGAUACGGUGUGCUAGAAAAGUACGGUUAUGGACCAAAUAAUUUUGAUUUGGACUUACUGGGAUUGUUUCUCAUCUACACUCUUUCUCAUGUAAUUGGUUUUAUUGCAAUUUGCAUUCGUAGUAGGAAAGAACCUGUUUAUUAACACACAACUGAAAAGAAUAACCAUACGUUCAUUUUGUAUAGUAAAAUAUUAUUUAAAUAUUUUUUGAAGAA